AUGGCGUCCGAAGCAGAUUCACUGACAAAUUGUCGGUUCUACGAAGAGAAAUAUCCCGAGAUUGAGAGCUUUGUGAUGGUCAACGUCAAGCAGAUCGCAGAAAUGGGUGCCUACGUCAAACUCCUCGAAUACGAUAACAUCGACGGCAUGAUUCUCCUCUCAGAACUGUCCAGACGGCGUAUUAGAAGUAUACAAAAACUCAUCCGGAUCGGCAGGAACGAAGUCGUUGUGGUGCUGAGAGUGGACAAGGACAAAGGCUAUAUUGAUCUGUCGAAACGUAGAGUGUCGCCAGAGGAUAUUGUCCGCUGCGAAGAGCGAUACAACAAGAGCAAGUCAGUACACUCGAUCAUGCGACACGUUGCAGGCAAGACGAACACACCCAUCCUCAAAUUGUACGAGGACAUCGGCUGGCCACUGAACAAAAGAUACGGUCACGCCAACGAUGCCUUCAAACUCUCCAUCACAAAUCCCGACGUCUGGAACGACGUGGUAUUCCCCAGCCAAGUCGUCAAGGAGGAGUUCCAGUCAUACAUCGGCAAGAAGUUGACGCCGCAUCCCACAAAAGUCCGAGCCGAUGUCGAUGUCACGUGCUUCCGUUAUGAGGGCAUUGACGCGGUCAAGGAUGCUCUACGGAAAGCUGAGGCCAACAAUCGGGAAGACGCAGAGGUCAAGGUCAAGCUUGUGUCGCCUCCACACUAUGUGUUGACGAGUCAAUGCCUGGAUAAGCAGGUGGGAAUCCAGCUUUUGGAGCAGGCGAUCAAGGAUAUCACCGAGAGCAUUGCUGGCGCUGGCGGUGAGUGCAAGGUGAAGAUGGCGCCCAAGGCAGUCACAGAACACGACGAUGCCGAGUUGCAGGCUCUGAUGGACAAGAGAGCGCGUGAGAACGAGGAGGUCAGUGGUGACGAGGAUCUUAGCGAGAGCGACGAUGGCCCUGAGGUCUGA